AUGUAUAGUAAAGUUGGGAUGCCACCGGGGGCACCUCAACUUCAUCCUCAACCUCCAACGAGCUCACAACCUAAUCUGUUUGGGAAUGCGUUUAAUGCUGCUGGUUCAGGACUCAUUCGAGGUGGAUUGGGUGCAUAUGGAGAAAAAAUAUUAGGAUCAAGCUCUGAGUACGUCCAAAGCAAUAUAAGCCGGUAUUUUUCUGAUCCCCAAUACUACUUUCAAGUGAAUGACCACUAUGUUAAGAACAAAUUAAAGGUUAUUUUGCUUCCGUUCAUGCACCGGGGUCAUUGGACUAGAAUUACUGAACCGGUGGGAGGUAGGCUCUCUUAUAAACCACCAAUUUAUGACAUAAAUGCUCCUGACUUGUACAUUCCAUUAAUGGCAUUUGGUACCUAUGUUGUUCUUGCUGGCAUCUCACUGGGUUUACGUGGAAAGUUUAGUCCUGAAGCUUUGAACUGGUUAUUUAUCAAGGGAAUGGUUGGUUGGUUUAUGCAAACAGGACUGCUUAAAGUUACUUUACUUUCAUUGGGCACUGGGGAAGCACCUCUAUUGGACAUUAUAGCAUAUGCUGGGUACACUUUCACUGGGUUGUGUUUGGCUGUUUGUGGAAGAAUAAUAUGGAGUUACUCCUACUACUUUCUGAUGCUGUGGACCUGCUUAUGUAUGGCAGUGUUCUUGGUUAAAACAAUGAAGAGAGUCCUUUUUGCUGAAGUCAGGAGUUAUGAUUCAAGCACACACCACUAUCUUUUGCUCUUCAUUGCUUUGGCUCAGUUCCCAUUAUUCACAUGGCUAGGAAACAUUACUGUCAAUUGGCUAAUAUAG